AUGAUCUCGUCGACGGUCAUGAGCGAACUCCACGAAGCAAAGCGCGUGCCGACCCAAUUCACUGUCCCCCGGCCUGGCGAGCACGCGUGGUCCCCCACUGAGCAGCGUCGAUUCUGGGACGCCCUCCAGUGCUUCCCGCACGGUCCGUGGACCGACAUUGCCGCCUACGUGGGCUCCAAGUCCACCCGUCAAGCCAUGACGCACGCCCAGAAACUCCGCCAGAAACUCAGUCGCUGGAAACGCCGCGUCCGGAGCCACGCAAAGGGCUCCACCGGCCCCAAGUCGAAAGCGUCGACGACAACGACAAAGGCGACGACAUUAACAUCGUGUUCGCCAGCAAAUGGCCGGAACGCGUUCGCGUGGCCACGUCUCAUGUCGUUGACGAUCGUCCGUGACGGUGGUGCUAUGCGUGGGAAGAGCGCGUGCGGUGAAGAGGACGUUGGGGCGUGCGACCUUAUGGACGUGAUGGACCCGAUGAUGGAAGACGAGGGCGGACAAGAGUGGAAACGUGAGGACAGCCACGUGCAGGGGGCUGCACACGACGACCGGUACUUGGAACACCUGCUCUUGGACAUCGAACCCGUGCUGGAGCACGUCGCGCACUUUACAAACGGGUCGCAGGGCUCUAUACACCACAGCGCUCGGACGCCCGAAGAGCGAGCAGUGGACUUUGUGCACUACACAAACGCAGCGACGUCGGAGCACAAGCUCAUGGUCCUCUCGACUUGGAAUCGACCGAGUCCAGACGCUCCGCGCCGUCGAAACGUCGAGCACCAGUGCAGCUCGGCGGUUGUUGCAUCCGGAUGGAUGCAGCAUUGUCCAUCGACUGGAGCCGGCUAUCCUCACAGCAACUACCACCACCACCUCGUAUAA